AUGCCGACAGACUUGACGCCGUCUCGGCGCAAAAACCGAGGUUUUCUUGGGUCCGACAGCUCUGCACUAUCCGCACAGGAUUCGCAGGAUCGCCACCAACUUCGAUAUGAGUUGGACCUCAACGCAUGGAACCUACGCAUUUGGGGUGUUGCGGCUUCCGGCUUUCUUACCGACUCAUACAACUUAUUUUCCACAAACGUUAUCCUUGCCUCCGUUGCUUUCGUAUAUUAUCCAGAUGGCGGACAAUGGCCCAGUCUUCUCAUCAAUCUCUUCACCUUGCUAGGGUCAGUCAUUGGACAGCUUCUUUUCGGAUUCCUCGCAGAUUACUUUGGUCGUACUCGCCUGUACGGGAUCGAAUUGGUUUUGGUUAUUGUGUCAACCAUUGGAGUUGCCACAAGCAGCCGUGGGGUUGGCGACUUGUCAUUUUUGGGACUCUUUAUUUGGUGGCGAUUUGUCAUGGGAAUUGGAAUCGGCGCCGAGUACCCAUUGAGUGCUGUGAUUACAUCCGAGUGGUCAAGUACGCAAUCCAGAGCCACUAUGCUCUCCAGUGUAUUUCUCAUGCAACCUGUUGGACAAGCUUUAGCUCAACUGGUAGGACUCUGGGUGUUGCUUGGUUUUAACAGCUCCAACAACCUUCAGGCUUUGCAGUGUGGCCUUAACACGGCGAAUGCAGAAGAGUGUCGGAGGGCCGUCGACGGCAUUUGGCGCAUUGUCAUCGGUUCGGGGGCUAUUCCUGCCCUUCUUGCCAUCAUUUUCCGAUUCUUCCUCUUUGACUGUGGCCUAUACAGUCUCGAGGUCCGCAACAAACCCGCCGUGGCUAUCAUGAACACCCAGAGAGUAUAUGGUGCGCCUGCGGGCGGCGCCCUCGGAAGCUCCUUUCAGAUGCAAAAUCAAAACGGCGUACAACCGCAACUAUCCCCUAGACCGAUGCCGAUUCAAUUCUCCAAGGAAGAUCUGUACAACUACUUCAUCAGGGAUAAAAACUGGUACUAUUUGCUAGGAACAUCUAUGACAUGGUUUGUUCUUGAUGUCAGUUUCUACGGCCUAUCUCUGGACAACAGGAGAACCUUGUCAGAUAUGUGGGCAACCAGAGCCCCUGUGCCCAUUGACGAGAAUCUUGAGUGCUGGAAUUCGUCGAUCCCUGGGGGCAAUUCAACUGUUCCGCAGUGGAAGAAGACAGGAAUUCCUGUAUGGCAAACUGACGUCUUGCACCCAUGUGCUACAAUUUAUGACGUUCUAAUUGAGCAGACAAAGCAAUAUCUUCUGACGGUCUCGCUUGCCUCCAUCGCCGGAAGCGUUUGUUUCAUUUACUUUGCAAACCGAUUGCCUCGUCGGCACUGGCUCACUGCCUCUUUUCUUAUACUGGCGAUAUUCCUGAUGAUUACUGGUGGCGUGUACUAUGGCGUCCACCGCUCAGCCGCUGCACCUGCUACAGUUGUUUUUGUCGCCAUUAACCAUUUCGUAUUUAAUUUCGGCGCAAACACAUUGACCUUUAUUAUUCCGGCUGAAAUCUUUCCAACGUGCUACCGUUGCACAUGCCACGGUAUCUCCGCGGCUUCUGGCAAACUUGGCAGCAUUGUAGCUGUUCUCGUAGUGUACGGCAUCAACUCUACCUACAAGAGCGAAACAAGACAAGGCCUCAUUUUCCUCCUUUUCGGCUCAGUAGCAGCCAUUGGCGCCGUAUUUUCGUGGCUAUAUCUUCCUGAUUCGCAGCGCGUGAUAGAAGAUGAAGGGAAGAGGUUCUUAGUGACGAAGGACCUGGAAGAAUUGGGAGAAGGGCGUGAGAGGGCGCGGCAGAAUGGCGAGUCGGUUGCGAUUCGGGAGAAGUGGGAGAAUUUGAAACGAAGACGGCCGUUGCAUCCACGCAAUGAGUCACCGGCAUCAUAA